CGCCUUGCCGCUGCUCGCCGCGCUGGGCCGCGGGUCUCGCCGGCGCCGCGGGCGCCGCCGCCGCCGCUGCCGCUGCUGCCGGCCCCCCGCCGGCGGUGGACGGCGGCGCAGCGGUGGCCCUGGCUGCCGCCGCCGCUGCGGCCGCGGACGCUUCUGCCCGCUCCGCGACGGCCGCCGGCGCCCCGGGCGCCGUGGCCGCGGCGCUCGCUGCAGCGGCUACGGCCGCUGCCGCCGUCGGCGACUCCUCUGUGGCCGCGGUGGUCGGCGCGGCCGUCGCCCUAGCCGCUGGGUGCGCCGCCGGGCGGCCUGGGCCCGCCCCCCCGACAGGCCUGGGUGCGGCUGUGUGUCUGGCGGAUGCUGCGCGGGCCUCUGCGGCCGUGCGCUCGGCGGAGGCCGAGCGCUUGGCCAUGCUGGACGCCGAGCGCGCGGCGGCGGCCACGCGCGCGGCGGGGCUUGAUCGACUGCUGGAGGCUGGGCGCCUGGCGGAGGCCGCGCGUGCGACCUCGGCUGCGCGAAGUACGGCGGAUCCGACGUGCUCGAUCACGUUGGAAGGCGAGCGCAUGGCGGGUGACGGCCGCGUGCUGGGAGCGAAGCAGCUGUGGCGACAGCCUGUCGACGGGGACGACGACGACGAAGUUCUGGAGUGGCGUGUGCGUGAGAUCGGCAGGGAG